CAACAAUUUGUCCCCUCUACUUGCUGUCGUGAAUAUUCUUCAAGCGAACCUAAGCGUACGCAGCAGUAUCUCCACAGGCAAUUCCACAAUCAGGCGAAAUGGGCGCUCGUGCACUUCGAAGUUCCCACCCGUCUUUGUCUCCCACGACGAAGGCAAAUAAUGGGAUAAAAUCUGUUUCAAACACCGAAUCGUCAGAACUCAACUCUCGUUUUCCUCACGCGACACUUGGGACGCGUUGCAAGUUGAGAAACGAAAAUGAAGCAUGUCCUGAUUCUCGCGCUAUAUCUGUUGAUAAUGAAAAAUCCAGAUUCAUUGGUGGUCUUUCUCGGAAGCAAAGUAAUCAAGGAUAUUCGAACGAUACACAACGCAGAACUGAUGUUUGUUUUCCCACCCAGCCGGCUAACUGCCGGGAUCCAAGGCCUUUGGGCGAGAAAUCAUACACAAACAACAACAUCCAAUACCUGAUGUCUUACUUAAGCUGUCAUGGACAUACUUCACUCUCUCCGAAGACUUUUACCUCUCCUACUGCUAAAGAAUUCGCAACUCUUUCUCUAUUUCUUUUUUGUAAAGUUGACAAAAAAUUCAAAUUUGGUUUGAGAGCUGAAGACGACAUAUCUCUGAUUUUCAAGCAACUGCGAUAUCCGAUUCAAGUCAGCAAAAAUGCGCUUUACGCAGUUGGAAGUCCGCACACCUGGCCCUCGUUACUCGCUGCCCUGACGUGGUUGGUGCAAUUGUUCGUAUACGCGGAAAAAGCUCAACAGAACCCAGAGAAGCAGCAACUCGGCCAAUUUAAACCUGAUGCUGCAUUCUUUGGAUAUAUCAAAUCCGCGUAUGGGUUUUUUUUAGCGGGUAACGAUGAAGGCUGUGAUGUCGUCCAACAUAAUUAUUUUUCAGAGAAGUUCACGUCUAAAUCACACUUCUUCAAAGCUACACGUGGGAUUGAAAAGAACAACUACGAGCUUGAAGUUGUCCUCGCCUCACUGAUGAGCAAAACUCCGAACACAAUCGGAUUACAGAAGGAGAAGGUCAUCCGUGCCAGUGCAAUUAAGAAGUUGUCAGAGGACACGAUAAAGGUGCUGUGUAUAGUAGAAGGCGCUGAUAUACACGUGGAGUUUACGAAGCAGGAAACACGACUGAGUGAGAGAAGAAUGGAUGUGUGCCUCAGAAAUAUCAGUGCCCUCAAACAAAGUGAAAUCUUGAACUCAAAAUACAAAUCUUUUACAAGAUCAAAAACUAACUCUGGUGAUCAAGUUCGUGACAAAGAAAUUCAUGCAAUUAUACAGUCACAGCGUUCAGUAGUUGAUUCUUGCACAGUUACUGAUAUAGCCAUGACUGAAAGUGCACUAGACCUGUUGAAGGGUAAAGCAGAGGUUUAUUGCAGCAGUGCACGAAGUAUCCAGCUGUUACCGCAUUCGUCGCUGAACGCAGUUGCAGUUGGAAAAUAUUCUUAUAAUUGUCUUCAGGAUAUGGAUAACUUCAAAAACUCGGUUUGGAGGACUAUAAAAAUCAAGCGGCGUGAUCUUGCACUGCUUAAAAGGACUGCUGAACGUGAGCUUGAGGACAUCGCUGAAGAACUGCACUUCUGCAGUGAAACGUGCAUCAAGAGGUAUCAAGCAUAUUUUUUUAGUGAUAUUUUUCAGCUCUGA